CCUGGAGGUGAGCGGCCCACGGAGCGCGCGAGGACCGGCGGGCGCGACACGCCGGCGCCAUGUCAGCCCGAGGAGUGGCGGUACUGCUUUCUUGGCUGAGCUGCUGCGGCUCGGCCUUGUGGAGGUAUUCCAGUAACAGCCCAAACUACCGCAUUUUUAGUACCAGAAGUACUAUUAAGUUAGAGUAUGAAGGAACAUUAUUUUCUGAGUGGAGUGUGCCAGGAACUUGUUCUAUAAAAAAUAAAAGAUCACCCAAGACAGAACUGCGUUGUUCUUCUCCUGGUGUUCAGACUAUAAGACCAAUUGUUACGGGUCCAGAUUUAGAAGAAGAACGCUAUUUAUCUGUGGACGUAUCUCAUACUUGCUUUCUGUGGUAUUAUAAUGUUAUAAAUUUCAUUCACAACUUAACCCAGGUUAUCACUGUAUGGAUAUAUGAUCCAGAAAACGCAGACCCUAAUGAGUUGCUACGGAAUGCAAAUGAACCUUCCCUAAAUUCCAUAAUACUUAGCAAGCAGUUUGCUACUUUGGGACAGAAGCCUACCAUACAAACAUUUCUGGAGAGAAAAGUUUAUUUUCCACAUAGACAAAUGAAGAAUGGAGCCUGGCAGAUCACAAUACCAAUGAACUCAGAUGUGCUAAAGGAGAUUGAGGGAAAUCAAGUGGCUUUUCAAGACUGCUUUAUUGCAGACAUUCUUUUCCUGCUGACUACUCCUUUGUUGACAAUGCCCGAGAUUCCUGGUUUUCUACCAAUCUCUUCGCCGCAGGGUAGUCAGCUAAUAGCAGACUGGGCUGCUUGUGUUCCUUCGUCAGUUGUUGUGGUGGCUGAUAUGGAGACCUUUCAGACAAAUAAUUCAUUCCAUACUUGGACCAGAAUCAGAGUGCCUCCAAACAUUCUGACUGAUGAUGAAAGACACAGUGUGUCUGAUGUGACCUUAUCAGAAGAUGGAAUAUUUUUUUUAAUAAACAAUAUUCUUUACAUAAAAAAAUUUAGCGCAUUUACAAGACUGGGAGAAGAUGUAAAUCUUCCUAAUGGUGGAAUUAUUGGGAUUACAUCAAGAAAAUGGUGUUGGGUCAAAUAUUUAUUGAAGGAUAAAGGAAGAAGAAGCAACAUGGCAGUCUGGACAGAAAAUGAGGUUUAUCUUGGAUAUACUUCUCUUGAGUUUGUUAAAAUAAUAACUACUGAAAAGCUGAAAGAACUUCUCAAUCUGUCAUCAGCUGCUACUCUGACUAUACACAAUGUUGAGUAUACAGGACACCCUUUGGAACUUGCCGUGUUAUUAAAUUACUGCAUGACAUGUAACGCCAUUAAAAAGAUUUACCUAGUGAUAUAUAAUGAAGAUACAAAACAGUGGGUAUACCAAGACUUUGCAUUAGAUGUCACUAUUGACACUUUUUUAAUUCCACAUUUUAUUUAUUCAGCAAUGCCAGAAUUAAUACUAUGGGACAAACAUAGGAUCUACUACUAUUACCAUAAUUUCACAGAUACUGGAGUUGUACAAACACCUACAGAAUUUGGAAAUCUAUCAAGCUUAUCACAUAACAGCAUUAUUCAUGAUGUUUUCAUAGAUUAUUAUGGAAAUAUUAUGGUAAAAAUGGAAAACAAUGUAAUGUUUUAUUUCAAGAUCAACAUUAAAGAUGCACUGAAGCUGCAUUUAUGGACAAAUAGCACAAUAAAAUCAUUGAUUUCCUUGAAUUCAUCUGGUCAAAUAUAUCUCAUAUAUGUUUUUGAAAAUGGCACGGUACAUCCACAGGAAUAUCCCUUAAAACUGGAAGCACAAAGUGUAACUUUCAACACAAAGGAAAAGUGCCCCUUCAUGGCAUUUCAUAAUAAUAUUUUUGGUGUUUUUUACUUUUUGGACAAGGGACAGAACCUGACCGUCUGGGCUCAAAUAGUCUAUCUAGAAAAUAUCGGUCUGUAUAUUAUUGUGGAAUCAUAUGGCCCAAACAUACUAGAAAAGAAAGAUCACGUUCACUAUGAAAUUGCCUCAGGAUACUGCACCAAAACCAUGACAAUAACAUUUUCUCAGAAUAUAAAUUACGAGGCAGUAGAUGAUUAUUUCAAGUUACAACAUGAGAACACGGGUCUUCUGCUUGUUCGGGUGAGACCUAGUGACUAUGCAAAAACAUGUCCAGUAGCCCCAAAGGUGUUCCAAAUAGCUGUUGGCUGUGAUGCUGGUAAAUUCAUUGCUGUCAAAGGAUUUAAUAAAAAAGAAUGUCUUCACUAUGACUUUUUUUACAUUAUUGAAAAGUCAUAUCUGAGGACUCGGCCAUCUAAACACUUGAGAGUACAGUAUAACUGGGAAAAAUAUGGCUGCCCAAUGAGAGUUGAUUUCAGAGAAAAGUUUCACCCUUUGAUUCAAUUGUACAAUGAAAACGGCUAUGUGGAAGAUGUGGAAGUAAAUUUCAUAGUGUGGGAAAUACACGGCAGGGAUGACUACAGCUUUAAUACCACGAUGAAGAAGAGUGGCUGUUUGAAUGAAGCUCAGACAUGGAAGUCAAUGACAGAGCUUAACAAGCACCUCCCAUUAGAAGAAGCCUGGGGACCGGAGAACUAUAAGCACUGCUUUUCUUAUGCUAUUGGAAAACCAGGAGACUUAAAUCAACCAUAUGAGAUUAUCAACAAGUCAAACCAUAACCAUUUAGUCUGGCCCUUGGACCAUUCUGGAAUGUACGUGUUUCGUGUGAAGAUUCUGGAUCCAAAUUAUAGCUUCUGUAACCUAACCGCUAUAUUUGCAAUAGAGACCUUUGGAAUGAUUCCCAGCCCAAGUGCUUACCUGGUUGCCGCUUUCCUUUUUCUCCUGAUGCUACUGUUCUUCACUAUUCUGGUUUUGAGCUACUUCCAUUAUAUGAGGAUUUACAGAGAAUAUAUUUAUGUCCCAUUUUACAAAUCUGAAAGGAAACCAAAGAACAAUUAA